ACCCGCAUCCAAAUCCAUAUCCAUAUUUGUGCGCAGUUUGCGCACGUGUGUUGACGGCAGCGAUGGCACGUAAACCCAAGAAGAAGGGAACUUCUGGAGCGGCCACACAUUACAUAAGCAGAAGGCGUGCUUGCAGAAAACUUCAGCUAUCAUUGAAAGAUUUCAGGAGGCUAUGUAUAUUGAAAGGAAUAUACCCAGUAGAGCCAAAGCAUCGACGACAUGUCAAUCACGGAAACUCUGCGCACAACACCUUUUACCUGGUAAAGGACAUCAAGUUCAUUGCCCACGAGCCAAUCAUCCAGAAAUUUAGAGACUUCAAGAUAUUCAUCAGGAGACUUAGGAAAGCUAUUGGCAAAAAUGAGCGAGACACUGCUGAGCACAUUCGUAACAAUGAACCCGUAUACAGAGUUGAUCAUAUUGUGAAGGAGAGAUACCCUACGUUUGUGGAUGCACUGAGGGACAUUGAUGAUGCUCUCUCUAUGUGUUAUCUGUUCUCAUCGUUUCCAAAAGGAAAAGUUGUGAAACCACACCUUGUACAUCUCUGCCGGAGAGUCAUUGUGGAGUUCAUGCACUACGUGAUUGAGACACGAGCACUGCGCAAAGUGUUCGUCUCUAUCAAGGGUUUCUACUACCAGGCAGAGAUCAUGGGUCAAACAAUAACAUGGAUUGUGCCCCACAAUUUUUCCUUCCGGCAACCAGUAGAUGUGGACUUCAAGAUCAUGGUGACCUUCACAGACUUUUAUGUCACACUGAUGGGCUGUGUCAACUACAAGCUGUACCACUCACUGAACCUUCACUACCCACCUAAGCUGGAAAAUGAGCCUGCUCAGCCUGCUGAUGCUGAUGAUGAAGAUGAAGUAUCAGAGCGCGUUGCUUCCCUGAACAGCAAGCUCAAGUCCAUCCUCACUAACGCUGUGGCUGAUGAUGCAGCUCAGCUGGAUGACUUUCCUGAGGUUGAAGGCGAGAGUAAUGUGGACAUCAAGAGCGAGGAAGAACAGCGGAAAAAGUUUCUGAACCUGUUUUCUGGACUGAAAGUAUUCCUGGGACGAGAGGUGCCACGGGAAUCGCUCACAUUUGUGCUGCGUUCUUUCGGUGCCGAGGUAUCUUGGGAUGAAUCACUCUUCGUCGGUUCCACAUUCUCCGAAAAAGAUCCCACUGUGACUCACCAGAUUGUUGACAGGCCAGAAGUGAAGAAACGCUACAUAAACAGAUACUACGUGCAACCACAGUGGGUGUAUGAUUGCGUCAACUACCGCAAACUCCUCCCAGAGCAAGAUUACUUCAUGGGUGAAGUUCUGCCCCCACAUCUGUCACCAUUUGUGGAGGAGAAGGAGGGAGACUAUGUUCCCCCUGAGAGGUUGGCCAUGCUUCGUCUACAGCGUGGUGAAGAACCUGCGGUGAGUGAAGGGGAGAGCAUGGAAGAGGAAGGCACAGCUGAAGAUGAUGGCACUGCUGAGGACGACGACACUGCCGAGGAGGGCAAGGGCGGUGAUGACAUUCCAGCAGAAUCGGAAGGCGAGCAAGAGGACGAGAGCGAUGGCGAGGACAGUGGAGUCGAUCAGCAUGAGGAGAGUGAAGAUGAGGAGGAUGACAGCGAAGAUGACGUAGAGGAACAGGUUGAGAAAAGCGCGAGCAGAAAGCAGCGGGCUAAGGAAGCAAAGAAAAGGAAACAGCCGGCCGUAGAACCUGAGCCUGCUGUUGCACCGAAAAAACCCCUCAUUGGUGUGCAGGCUGCCACAGUCAUCCGUGAGGACCCUGAAAAGGUGGCUCAAAGGAUCAAGAGUGAAGAGAAACGCCUCGCCGUUCUAAUGAUCCCCAAGAAGCACAAGCGGCUCUAUGACAAAAUCGUCUUUGGCCAGAAGCGCCGAGCUCGUGAGGCAGCAGCAUUGAAGCAGAAGAGGGAGGAGAUAAAGAAGUCUUCAAAAAAGGCAAAAAAGAAAUAAAGAACUCACUGAGGUCA